AUGGAUCGGCUGAAGACGAAACGGAGGGUUCGACGGAGCCAGAACACGAAGAUAAUUACCGAUAUCACGACUGCGCUCCAGUCAACAACCCUUGACAUCAACUCCCUGAAGAACCUACGAGACAGGCUGAUCGCCAGCAACGAGGAACUCCGCAAGGUCAACGAAGAGAUUGAGCCGCUGAUCAUCGAUGCCGACCUCGAAGCGGACUAUGUUGCUGUGGCAGACUACGAAGAUCAAGUAGCAAGAGCCCUCAGUGAGGUACGCAACAAAAUCGAGCGUCAACCUGCAGCACCAGCCAUUUACCAGGUGGGAGACGACGGUGACAGAGUCAUACCCCAGGCCACGGGCGUGAAACUCCCUAAACUACAACUACUGCAGUAUCAAGGUGAGCUUACCCUCUGGCAGCCCUUCUGGGAGCAAUUCCAAACUGCCGUUCACCGUAACACCAGACUCACGGAGGGAGACAAAUUCCAAUAUCUACGCUCCCUGCUGAGUGGGCCAGCUGCCAGUGCUAUCUCCGGGUUACAAGCAACGGCAGAGUGCUACAAGGACGCCAUAGAAAUACUAUCCGAACGCUUCGGGAACAAGCAACGCAUUCAGCGUGAGUACCUCGAAAGACUGCGAAGCCUACCAACGGUGAAGUCAGAUCGAGAUGUACGAGGACUAAGGAAUAUUUACGACCACGUCCAGACCAACAUUCGUUGCUUGCGUGCCCUAGGCGUUUCGAGUGCAACGUAUUCUACUAUGAUGGUGGACGUACUCCUGUCCAACCUCCCGACCGAUAUAGUGGUGGAGUACCAUCGACUCAAAAGAUACGGGAUAGGGCUUGGAGUUCCAAUCAACGGGAGAGAAAGAGCCGGAACGACUGACGAUGGACAACCGUUAGACGACGUCUCGAAUUCGCCAACAGAUUCAGAUGAGGAGUUGGAUAAACUCUUGCGUUUUAUGCGCGUGGAGAUAGAGAGCAGAGAACAGUCAUCGCCACUCGAGCGAAGGCCGACAACCGUGCCAACAGUGACGCAAAAUCAGAGGCAAGGCGCCAAUCCACCAUCAACGUUGGUGUUGCACACUAGCGGAACAGACAACACCUGCUUCUUUUGCAACUACCGAACUCACCGUACCGGUGAUUGUCCAUCGGAUAUCACACUAGAUGAGAAAAAGAAAAUGCUAGCGCAAGACAUGAGAUGCUUUCGUUGCACGAAGCGAGGUCACCGAUCAAGGGAUUGCCGUAGUCAACAGAGAUGUACCGGAUGCAGGGGAAGACAUGUCACCUCAAUGUGUAACCCGGCGUGGGAAGCUUUAUCAACCGUUCAGGAGACUGCCAACGUUCUUACCGCCGGUAGUACCCCGACGGUACAGACUCCGAGCGUCCUAUUACAAACGUUCCGAAGCUGGGUUGGAACCGGCCUGAACCAGGCUUACAUCCGCGGCAUUAUCGACGGAGGGAGCCAAAAGACUUUCAUCAGGGAAGACUUGGCUAGGAAGCUUAAUUUGAAGGUUGUCGGGGAACGUAUCAUGCAACUCAACACCUUUGCUUGCAGUGACUCAAACAGGUGUAGGCAGAAGUUCACCGUAGUUAGAAUCCAUAUUAGGGGCCAAUAUAAGACAGCGGAUCAUGUCUUAGAAGCAGUCGUCGUGCCUUUCAUCUGUCAAAACAUCAUAGGAACUCCAGUAGAGCACACAUUUUUCAAGACUAUCCCAGGAGACAUCGCCGACAAGUUGAUGUUUCCAUCGACUCAAGUGGAAGCGGGCAUAAGCCUUUUAAUUGGAGCGGACCAGAUGUGGAAAUUGUUGACCGGCGAGACGCGCCGCUCAUCUUGCAACACCGGGCUAGUAGCCAUCGCAACGACUUUAGGGUGGACCUUUCAGGGUCCAACGAGCACAGUGAGUGUCUUCUCAGAUAAUACCACAAAUUUGAUGGUGUGCGUGUUGAACGUGGGAGGGGCUGACGAAGAUGAUGAUGCAGCGUUAAAACAUUUCUGGGAACUGGAGACCAUUGGAAUCGUGGAUGAACCUAUGGAUAAGAAACAACAGGAAGAAAAGGUGUUUGAGCAAUUCAAGGAAAACAUCCGACAAAAGAACGGUCGGUACGAGGUCGCGUUGCCGUGGAAGGAGACAAAAGCGACCCUUGGAGAUAAUUACAUGAUUGCCAAAACCAGACUCCGAAGUCUUGUACGCCGUCUCUCACAAGAUGGCUCUAUCGCCCAGUAUGACAAAGCAAUACGUAGUUACUUUAAAGAUGGACACGCCGAAGAGGAACUCUUUGAUCAAAGAGCGGAUAACGUCGAUCAUUCAUCCGAAAAUAAGCCAUUUAAGUCCCCCGAGGUCACCAAGAUAUUGGGAUUGGUGUGGGAUAAAAACGCGGAUCAUUUCAAGUUCUCUGCUGAUCAUCUCUUGGAGAUACUUUCUACAAAUCUGAACACAAAGCGCUCCGUACUCAAGGCCUCGGCUAGGAUCUUCGAUCCCCUCGGUUUCCUGUCGCCGUAUGUUAUAAGAGUGAAAAUUUUAUUUCAACGUAUAUGGCAAUGCGGACUUGGAUGGGAUGAGGUUCUGACAGAGGCUCUUUUGCAAGAGUGGAAAUCCUGGUGCGCCGAUUUAACGGAAUUACCACAAAUCACGACACCGAGAUAUCUGCUGGGUGUCGAAGGUGAAAGCGAGCUGGAGAUUCACAUCUUCACCGACGCUAGCCCUCUGGCGUAUGGUACGUGCGCAUAUCUCCGUGCAGUGAACAAGAAAGGAGAAGUCAGCCUCAUUGUUGGGCCACACCGUUACAAUAUGGUACUGGACAGACUCUACUAUAACACUUGGCUGGAUUAA